GAUUCUUCCAGCGAGACGGCUGGGCCAUGGUGACCCGUCACUGACCCGGAGCCCACUGUGUGGGAUCUCCGGGAGCCCGAAUAGGGGCGUGGCAGAGUUUGCAGCUUUGAGGAGGUGUGGUGACCCGGCCCCGCCCCCAGUCUAGAUUAUAAACAAAGGAUUAUCUGAGUAUGGAUAUGGGUAACCAACAUGCAUCGAUCACAGCUCUUCAGGAGAUCCAGCGGAAAGUCAAAGAACUUGAGCAGAAUGUGGCUAGCUUCAGUGGCUUACAGAGCGACCCGGAGUACAAAAAGUUAGAGAAAGCUCUGACCAAACAGCUCUUUGAGAUUGAAUGUAUAGACACAGAAGGAAAGGGGAACAUUCAGCAGGCCCGGAAGAGAGCAACCGAGGAGGUGGAGAGGCUUCUAGCAGAAUUAGAAAAAACAGCAAACCAUCCUUGUCGCCUGGCAAUUGAGAAGAUUUUCAAGGAGGUGCAGAAUCUUGUGGCUCAACAAAUAGGUCCCUUAUAUGGAGGUAGAGGAUGUGUCACAGAGGAGUUUGAAGAAGGCAUUCAGAAUAUACUUAUGAGACUUACACAAGUCAAGACAGAGGGAAAAGCUUCUUUAAGAAAAGCCAGAUACCGUACUUUAACUAAAGUGCUUGCUAUACAAGAAAUUCUAGAAAAUUGUUUGAAACAGCAGGUGCUGGCUCUUCCCCUCUCCACUGAAGCUCAUCCAUGUAUAUCUAAGAUUAACUCUAUCAUGUGCGAAGUCAACAAGACCCGUGCCAGUCUGAUCGCUCUUCUUGCUGGUAUAAAUGAUUGUGAAACUUACAGACACUUAUCUUGUGUACUCUCUGGGUUCAUAGCUGAACUGGAUGCUUUAGAUGUUUCUGGCCACGUAGAAGUGAGGACAUACAGAAAGGAGGUAGUUGAAGAAAUAAACAGCUUAUUUAAAUAUCUGGACAUUGAAGAGGAGGCCCACUUCACCAGUGCUUAUGACUUGGCCAAGAACCAGUCCAUAGUCCAGAUAGAAACCAUUCGAAAAUAUCUGGCAGACAUAAAGGCCCGACUCUUGGAAAGGCAACAUAAUUUAUCUGAAAUUCAUUUGGGAACCAAAUCUGAACUUCAGAGUCUUAUUGCCCAGUUGGACGAAGUGAGUGUAGCUAAGAAUCCUUGCAUUCGAGAAGCAAGAAGGAGAGCAGUAGUGGAGGUACAGACUGUCAUCACAUACAUUGACCUCAAGGAGGCUCUUGAAAGGAGACACAACAUUGGUGAUCCCGUCAGCCCAGAACACCCAUCUCACAUCGCUGUAUGGAAAGUUCUGGCUAGCCUCUCUGAGCUUCAGAGAGAGGUCCUGUCCUUUGAUGGCAGCAGAGCAGAUAAAAAUUACAAGCUGCUAGAAGAGCUUCUCACCAAGCAACUACUCGCUCUAGAUGCCAUUGAUUCACAAGGGGAUGAACGCUCUAAAACCGCACGAAAACAAGCAGUAAAGUUCGCCAAUAAUAUCCUCAGCUAUCUGGACAUGAAAACAGAUGAAUGGGAAUAUUAGGCUUGUGUUUGCUGAAGCUCUUAUACAAUUUAUGAUUGUAGGAAGAAAUAAAAUGUGUGGUCAUUUUUACAUGUAUGCGGACUGGUUCACCAAAGCUAAAGGUGUAAAACCAUAUUGUCUAUAUAAAACAUUGUGGUGUUUUUUUCCUGCCUUUAUGAAUAUUCUUCCAAAGAAGCAUUCCCACACAUGUAUGGUUGAGACGCAUAGUGAUAACCUAUCCAAAAAGCUAGUAGUAGCCUAUGUACUAGCACUUGGCAAGAAGCUUAGGGAACUUGGGGCUUGGUAGUUAAUGGGUUCUAGCUAAUAAGCCCUCAGUUUUCUGUUGUCUGAUCAAUCGCUGUAAUUUGCGACAUGAGUUUUUGCCUGCACUUUAUUGAUUGAAUAUUUCCUUUGUUCAGUUCUAUUAUUCUGUAGAUGCCAGUAUGUAGCUGAUGUAGAGGAAUGAAUCCUUUUUGUUAGAAGGAUCCCUCCACAAAAAUCUGGUCACUUUUAGCAAUCAGAUGCGAUCUGUAGGGAACCUAGCAGCAAUGUUUUAAUUUCCCUACAACAACUCCAGAGGGACAAUGGAGCAUUACAGUCUUGUAUACUCUUAGUUUUUUUUGUUGUUUUUUUUUAUCUUUAGUAUUAAGCAGAACCCAUAUGGAAUCGUGUCAUUCCAUUAUUUACAGCAAAAACAUUUGCUUCUUUUCAGGUCUGUUGUUUCGUAAGAUGGGAAAAGAGGGUCUAACUGCAUGGUGUCCUUAUAAAUAUAUCAUCUGUCCUGUGGAGAAGUGACAAAUGUUUCUUGCUGGGGGUCCCACUGAAAUGAUCACUAGAAUGUUUGUCCUGUGCCUCCUUUUCCCUGUUCUGUAGGAGUUUGAAUGGAGCAGUGGCCAUUGUCUGUACUAUGCUGUCUGCAGCCAUCCCAUAGAACUUUACAUAUCCUCCAGCUAGGGAAUGAAGUAUCACAUUCUUCUUUACUUGUUAUCAAUUUUGCAAUUUUGCACGCAUUUUUAUUUUCUUUACUAUUAAGCAGAAACUAUAUGACAAUGUGUCAAUCCCCCCCUUUUCCUUCUUUGACAUCUAUCAGCAGCAACAUGAAUGUUUUCUCCAUUUAAACUCCUCUGGAAUGGGUUCCCGGGACCCCAAUUUUAGUGAUUGUUGGGGGUCACAGCAAUCACACAUUUAUUACAUAUCUUAUGGUGAUUAAUGCAUGGUAAUCCUUUAAGGGUUAUCUAUGGUAGAAAUUGUAUCACCAUUGGCUGUCAUUGAGUCAGUACCAUUCGUUUAUCCCGGAUUAGAAAAACACAGCUGAUUUCUUCCAAAAACCGCACCACACCUGUCCUCAGUUCAUGUGUGGUAUUACACCUCUGCUCCUUUUGCUUUAAUGGAACUGGGCUGCAAUGCCACAAACAAACUGAGGACAGGUGUGGUGCUGUUUUUGUAAGGAAUCAGAUGUGUUUUUCCACAUGGAUGACCACUUUGAGUCACUUGGGGAGAUUUAUUAAAACCUGUGCAGAGGAAAAGUUGACCAGUUGCCCAUAGCAACCAAUCAGAUUUUCUUUUAUCUUUCAGAGGUCUUUUUAAAAAUAAGUAUUCUAAUUGGUUGCUAUGGGCAACGGGUCUGCCUUUCUUCUGCACCGGUUUUAAUAAAUCCAUCCCACUGUCUCUUGAAAAAAGGCAGACCCUUUCUUAAAAUUUUAGGUAAUAGUUUAUUUCACCACUAGUUUAACUUCAUUACUAAUACCCUAAUUUAAAGGGAACUGUGUUCCUGGAAAUCCUAACCAUUCACCAGCAUAUAGGACCACACAGGCAGCAUAUCACAAUACAAAUAGUAACUAGGAGAUUUUUCCAUAGCACAAAUUGUGCCCAUAUUGCAUGGUGUGUUUUUGAAGUGUUUCUUUAAUUUAAAAAAAAAGUGCAAAAAACAAAACAAAUCUGUGAAGGCAAUAUCAGCCUGCCAGUGAGGAUUCUUCAUAUCAGAACUUAGUUUUGGCAAUUGUAUUUUCUUGGAAAGCAUGUUGCACCACGUUGUACUCUAGAGAGGCGCUGAGCAUUAAAAACAGCAACAAAAAUUGACUGGCAACAAAAGAAUGUUAAUGUCCUCUCUCCUUACAGCUGCUGACUUAUUGUAUGGCCUGCAGCGUUAUUGUGCAAAUCCGUCUAUUAAUGAUUGUAUUUUUUUUUUUUUCCCGCUUAACUGGAACCAGCAGCUGUCCUGGCAUAUCCGUCAUUAAAAAAAAGCAUUGCUUUGAUGGGUGUCCUUCUUUCUUGGUUUUCUUGUUAUACAAGUUCAAUAAAAUUUAAGCAUUUAUGCUCUUCCUGCA